UCUUUAUAUGUAUCUUACGCAAAGUUUUCUCGCGGUGAAUUUCGCCAAUUGUAGAUAUAUAAACGAUUGGAGAAAUUUCCUCAGUGAAUAUGUCGAAUUCGUGGUAAAUGAGGUCUUCAUAAUGUCAAAAUCAAAGGGAGACGAAAAUCUAAGCUAUAGCGAAUUUCUGGAAGAGAGCAAGAAAUACUUCUAUCAGAACUUCUUCUUGAACAGUAAUAAGCAUACUGUUGGCAUCGCAGAUUUUGAAUUGAUUUGUAAACUAGGCUCUGGGGCAUUUGGCAAUGUUGUCCUGUCACGGUACACCCCCAAAAACACAUACCACGCGAUUAAAAUCUUAAAGAAGGCGCAUAUUAUUAAAUCUAAGCAGUUGGAACAUACGAAAAACGAAAAGAGAAUUUUGCUCAUCUGCAAACAUCCGAAUCUUAUGAAAAUGGACUACUUUGCCAUAGAUAAGGCAAACUUGUAUUUUAUUUUACCAUUUUUAAACGGGGGCGAUUUAUAUGUAACUUUCAACCGAAUGAGAAGAUUUGAAGAAAAGGUCACCAAAUUUUUUGCCGCUCAAGUAUUUUUAGGAUUAGAAUAUUUGCAUUAUUUGAAUAUUGUGUACAGGGAUUUAAAACCAGAAAAUAUUAUGUUAGAUAACACUGGAUAUGCAAAGAUAACCGAUUUUGGAUUUUGCAAGGUAUUGAGUAAAGGUCGAACGUACACAAUUUGCGGCACACCUGAAUACAUCGCCCCAGAGUUGGUAAUAAUGAAGGGUUACUCUCACACGGCAGAUUGGUGGUCGUUUGGUAUUCUACUCUUUGAACUGACCGCGGGCGUUGUUCCAUUUAAAGAUAACGGUGAUCAUGUUCGGUUAUACAAUUCCAUCGUUCUCGGCAAAUUUAAAAUGCCGUCGACAUUUAGCAAAGAACUGAAGGAUUUGAUUAAUAGGCUUUUGCAAGUGGAUACAACCAAACGAAUCGGUUGCUUGCGACGAGGCUCGGCGGAUAUAAAAGAACAUGACUGGUUCGCGGAUGUGCCCUGGGUCCACAUUUUUAACAAAAAGGUUGUACCUCCUGUCAAGCCAGUCGUCAAAGAUCCGAACGAAAAAGAGGCCGAAAAUAUGAAACUAUCAGCCGAACCGGAGACAGAUCGCUUUGAAAAAGAAUUUCAAGACUUUUAAUUAAACAUAUGUGCUUGUUGA